CCGGGAAUCAGCCACAAGUUUCGGUUUUGAAACCAAAACGCAUAUCAGAUAAUAUUUUGAUAGUCAGCGUUCGUGAAGCUCCACAGCAAGCACUUGGCAAAGAAUGGAAGGCGCAAAACAAGAGGAAAAGCCCGUAGUUUGUUUCUUACAACCUGACUUCAUCCAGCAAGUCAAAGGGCAGGAGAAGCCUCUGUUCGAUGUGACUGUGCUAGACGAUGCAUCUGUGUUUCACGUUCGAGUAAGAGGUUGUGCAGACAAAGCGAAACCAGAAUGCACACAGAACGGAGACGAUUGCUGUGAAAAAGACGCCUGUAAAUCAAGCAAAGUCUAUCUGAAGGUUCUCGGUUCUGAAGAAAGCCUGGAUGAUGGGGAGAAAAUCAAAGCCGGGUUGCCUGAAAUAUUUGACAAAAAGGAGACAGGAAAGCCUGAACUGCUUUUGAUCAUUGGAGAAAAAUUGAACAAAAAGAAAGAGAAAGAAGACGGUAUAAAGGUGUUUCUACGAAGCAAGAGAUUCCCAGAACCGAUGGAAUGCGAUGUGUUGUUGCAACCCUCAAAAGAGCUACUUUACUCUCGGAGUAAAGGAAUCCUGGAAUCUGGUUUGCUUGAGAAACGCAAGGUUGCCAUAGUCGGCCUGGGAAGCGGUGGCUCGUUUAUCGCAGUCGAGUUAGCAAAAGCAGGAGUCGGACAUUUUAUCCUGAUCGACUUUGACCGAAUCGAGUUGAACAACAUCGCCCGGCAUGUGUGCGGGCUUGAAGAUCUUGGUCGUCUCAAAACCAAUGCAGUUCGAGAUAUUCUGCACAACAAGAAUCCCUUUAUCACAAUCGAAACUCAUUGUUCCAAUAUCAACAGAGUGCACGAGGCAAGGAAGAUCCUUAAGGAUUGCGAUCUCAUCGUCGCUGCGACCGACAAUGUCCGAAGCCGGCUAAAUAUUAACAGUAUUGCCAUUGAACACAAUAUUCCGACGCUGUUCGGAAAGUGUUCGGUACGGGCGGCUGGUGGCGAAGUCUUGCGAGUACGUCCAAACGAUGGACCCUGUUUCAGUUGCGUGUUCACCAACCAAAGUUUGGAAGCAAGCCAAGAAGAGGUGUCGUCGUUCAGGCAGGCGAGGGAAGCUAACCCAACGUAUGUCAGCGAUGAUGAUGUGGAUGCCACAAUCCAAGUUGGUCUGUCUUCAGAUAUUAUUCCGAUUGGAAACAUGCUGGUGAAGCUAGCUCUGGUCGAGUUGUGUCGUGGUGAAGACAGUGCUCUUGCUACAUUGGAGAAAGAUCUAGUAGCACCUUACUAUCGCUGGGCGAACAGGCGUGAGCAAGAAUUUGAAAGCUAUCCUGAAGGUGGCUUUUCCAUGUUUAACCAACCAUCGGUCCUUCGCUGGUAUGCUGUGGAUUUCGAAAGGAAAUCGGAUUGCACAGCGUGCAGACCAUUGCCACAGAUUUCCGAAGAAGAGGCAGCCUUCUUUGGUAGUUAGGCGACUGCACUAACUGAUAUAGUUAAACAACACUUAAUAUUUCUUAUACAUGAUGAAAGUAAAACUAAAACUAUCUUAUAUAUAAAUCUAGAUUGAAACUUCCAUAAUGAUUUUCAAACUCAUUUCUGUUCGACAUUUUAAUUUAUCGUUUGAUGUAGACAGGAAUUUAAUGACUAUAAACUAACCAAGCUACCCUAAUGUAUCAAUAAAAAUAUUAAUUUUAGAAAACUA